AUGACUAAAAGUAUAUAUAUUAUCAUCGGAUAUAUGCUACAUGAUGAGGAGUUUUUCUAUUUCUUUUUUAUUUCAUUCUAUACACUUUGGAUCGUGUUUUUUCUUUUGCACUUGAGUUUCUUUUCAACAUUAUCAUUCGGUAUAUUUCACGAUUUUGACACCGAUGUUUACAUAAAAGUGGGUAAUUAUAUUUUGCAUUUUCUCGAAUUGAGUAAAAAUAGUAACCUUUUAAAGAAUUCUUCAGAAAUGUUAAAGCAUUUCCGAUUGGCAUCAUUGAUGUAUAUGUACGUAUAUACUCAGAUGAUUUGCCCCUCGUUACUUGGCAUCAGGAAUUAG